GAGUCUGUAACGCACCUGUCCAAAGCAAGGGAAGGCUUGCACACGCUUCUUUGUUCCUUGUUCCUCAACGGCUUCAUCACAGAAGAUAUGGCGCAGCAAAAACGAGGUUUAGAAGAGGCAGAAACCCUUCUUGGAGGUGUAAAAGCGUUGUUGCUCGAUAUCGAGGGGACGGUAACGCCAAUUUCGUUCGUGAAGGAUACACUCUUUAAAUAUGUCCUUGAUAAUUUGGAAAGCUAUGUCAUGAAACAUUACGAUGACACAGAGUUGCAAAAAGACAUUGCAGCAUUGCGAGAGCUGUCUAAGAAAGAUAAAGAAGCCAACACAGAAGGAGUUGUAGAGAUUCCCAAUGGCGACGGCAGUAAGGAUGAGAUUGUUAAGGGUGUGUGUGAGAACGUCAAAUGGCAGAUGAAGCAGGACAGGAAGUCGACGGAACUCAAACAGCUACAGGGUCACAUCUUCAAGGAGGCGUACAAGAACGGCGGAGUCUCAGCAGAGUUGUUUGAAGAUGUUGCCCCGGUGCUACGACAGCUUUUUGAUGAAGGACUACAGCUUUAUGUGUUUUCUUCUGGCAGCGUUGAAGCUCAGAAACUUUUCUUUGCACACACGUCGGAUGGAGAUCUAACAGAUGUAUUUUCUGGUUACUACGAUACCACAGUAGGCGGUAAAACAGAAAGCAGUAGCUACAAAACCAUAACCACAGAAAUCGGAAACGAACCAGAUGAAAUCUUGUUUCUCACAGAUACUCCAGAAGAGGCUAGUGCUGCAGUAGAGGCAGGGAUUCGAAGCACGCUGGUAAUACGGCCGGGAAACGAGGAUCUCACAGACGAACACUUACAGAACUUUUCUUGCAUCGAGAGAUUUGACGAGCUGUUUGGUGAUGAAGAUGACGAGGAGGAUCUGAAGCGGUUUCACGGGGAGGGUGAUGGGGAGUGUGACGAUGACGACGACGAUGAACCAGAAGAGGAGGAGGAGGAGCAAGAUGAAGAAAACGCGGAGGAUGCGUAAUCCUUCCAUAGAUCUGUUCUGUGAAUGGUCGUAAAGUCCGACCACUUUCAGCUUUACAGUGACUUGACAGACAAAACUUGUGGCAGCCGUUUUGAAAUAUUCUCAUUUGUUCCAUAUCAUGUUGUUUUUUGUUUUUCUUUAGUUUUGUUCAUUUGUUCAUUUUAGAAGGGUUUUUUUCUUUUUUAGAUUUCCUGUACUUCUGAAAUGAAAUAUGCGACAUAUGUACAUUGUAUACAGUGUUUAUAUUGUGACGGUCUCUUGCCAAGUGCUUCUCUGUUCUUGUAGGUUUGUGUUAUGUUCAUUGUGCAUGGAUCAGUGGUGACUAGUCAUCUGCUGUUUUAGCUGCUUUUUAACGUUGUUUUAUUUAGCACCAGUGUAGGUGUACAACAAUAUUUGACCUAGUUUCCACAGGUCAGCCUGGCAAACCAAUAUUAUUUCUCAACGGUUGACCAUUUGUUGUUCUACAUUGUUAUUGUCUUGUUUACAAAUGCUGUAUAGUUUUUAUCCAGUUUCUAUUGAAUAUAGCUGCAUUUUAGUUUGUUUCCGUGUAUGACAAGUUUGGCAUUGUAUACAAUGUACGUACAGCCAUCCCACCAAGUGUUUCUCCAACGUGUUGUUGUUUUCUAUAUUAUCGUAUUUAAUGUCUUGUUUACUAGUGAUGCUAUACACUAGUUGUUUAUAUUCCAACAUCUGUGCUGGGUAAGUGGAUCACUCUCCCAUUCUACUCCAGAAAUAAAAUGUAGUUUCGUAAUUUAAA